CGCCAUUCAUCUUUCCACCUGAAUCUCUUCUUGAGCAACAGUCUCAUACUCAUUCAAAUCCCGUAAUCUUGAGCGAAAAAGCCAUCGAAUCACUCUCCUACACCUCUCGAGUCACCUCACAACUGCAAAACUCCUUCCAACUACACACCGCGAGGAGAAAACCAAUUGCCCUCAAAUCACUCGCAGGUUAGAGCAACCCCCACAGCGUUUCUCCCUCAGCUGCGAUCACCUCUACGUACCACCGAUCUCUGUCUCUGUCCUACGCCUCGACUCUGAGAUCCAAAGCCAAUACAUCGACGCCAACCCUACACGCCUGGCGGACACAAGCUGCCCCUCUCACCGCACUCCAUAACAAACAAUAUUCAAACCCUCCCAAAAAUGACGGACGCUUUAGCAUCACAGCUGAACAAGGCCUCUUUAAACGAUGGCGCAGACGAGAGCAACUGGAGAGACUCGCUCAAACUUCCCAACAAAGAUACCCGACAACAGACGGAAGACGUGACGGCCACGAAAGGUCUUGAAUUUGAAGAUUUCUAUAUCAAGCGUGAAUUGAUGAUGGGUAUCUUUGAAGCCGGGUUCGAAAAGCCUUCACCGAUUCAAGAAGAGACGAUCCCAGUUGCCUUGACCGGUCGAGAUAUCCUUGCAAGAGCAAAGAAUGGAACAGGCAAAACCGCAGCCUUUGUUAUUCCUACCCUCGAACGAAUUAACCCCAAGAACCCCAAGACGCAGGCACUACUCCUUGUUCCCACUCGAGAACUCGCUCUACAGACAUCACAAGUCUGCAAAACCCUUGGCAAGCAUCUCGGCAUCAAUGUUAUGGUCACUACCGGCGGUACCGGUCUCAAAGACGACAUCAUCAGAUUAGGAGAGACGGUUCACAUCAUCGUUGGCACACCCGGAAGAAUCCUUGAUCUUGCAAGCAAAGGCGUUGCAGAUCUGUCGGAAUGUCCUAUAUUUGUUAUGGACGAGGCAGACAAGCUGUUAUCGCCCGAGUUCACCGUCGUCAUUGAACAACUACUCUCCUUCCUGCCAAAAGAUCGACAGGUCAUGCUCUUCAGCGCCACAUUCCCAAUGAUGGUCAAGACUUUCAAGGACAAACACAUGCACAAUCCCUACGAAAUCAACCUCAUGGAUGAACUGACACUCCGUGGUAUCACCCAAUACUACGCAUUCGUCGAAGAGAAACAGAAGGUGCACUGUCUCAACACUCUCUUCUCCAAACUUCAGAUCAAUCAAUCCAUCAUCUUCUGCAACUCCACAAACCGAGUCGAACUCCUCGCGAAAAAAAUCACAGAACUCGGAUAUUCUUGCUUCUACUCUCAUGCCAAGAUGCUGCAACAGAACCGAAACAAAGUCUUUCACGAUUUUCGUGCUGGCGUCUGUCGAAAUCUCGUCUGCUCAGAUCUACUGACUCGUGGUAUCGAUAUUCAAGCCGUCAAUGUUGUCAUCAACUUCGAUUUCCCCAAGAAUGCAGAAACUUAUCUUCACCGCAUUGGUCGUUCCGGCAGAUUUGGGCAUCUUGGUCUCGCCAUCAACCUGAUCAACUGGGAUGACCGCUUCAAUCUGUACAAGAUUGAACAAGAGCUUGGUACGGAGAUUCAGCCAAUUCCACCGUCCAUUGACAAAUCUCUCUACGUUUACGACAGUCCUGAAAACAUUCCUCGACCAAUGCCCCCUCCAGCUCAGGCUUCAAGAGCCAAUAAUGCCCCUGUCAUGGCAGCAAAUGCAUUUGCAGGCGCAAACAUGAACGGUCAAGCUCAAGGGCGACGGCCUUACAACCAAAGUAACCAAUCCAACGGCUAUGGACAACAAUACAACAUCCAGGGGCGUGGAGGUUAUAGAGGGCGCGGUCGUGGUCAAGGUCAAGGAGGUCGAGGCCGUGGUGGUCACCCGCACCAAGCGGCUGCACCUAUCGGUCAAACUGCUCAGUAGGCUCUUGGAACUACUGGGAUGUGUUUUGAUCUAGCGACUGUUCUCUCUUGUUUUAUCUUUACGGCGUUAUUCUGCACCAUGAUCACGAAGGUCUAUGACAUGCGACAUGCGCAAGCUUGGAGUUCGAUUGAUCAUGGCUAAUACGGGCUUUCUUUACUAUCGGAUCUGUAUAACAGUGUCCGUAUGGGUUUUGCUUUCUCAGGGUUGGGUGAAUCUUUCUGGAUGGAUGAACGGGACCAGGAAUUUGUCCCGGAGCGGACAUCGUGAGUAUUUAUGGCUCAUGGCACAUGAUGUUGUACGUCAUGAAAAGCCAUUUUCUUGAGUGGCGGACGAGCGUUGCUAUCCACAAAAAGGUCGAGCAGGUUCUCAUACAGGCAGGGAUGGUAGAUCUGCAUGGCGUUCGCAUGGGCUUCUUUUGCAUUCAACUCUAACGGCAUAUCAUUCGCCGCCCAGUUACACGACGACACUUCUAUCGAACUACGACACCAAACUCUUGAUCUCACUCGGGACGACAUCCAGCUUAAUGUGCAAACCACUACAGUUUCACUAUGGAACGAAGUCUUAUCAGUUAUCCUACCUUGACGUUACGCGACUCAUCCAAUCCCUCUACCCUCCAGUCUCAAACAGCGAGCUUCACCUCACCAUUGGCGAACGCAGCCAUCUCUCACUACUAUUCUCUUAUUCACCAGUAUCCACCACUCAUCGCCUCUCUAUGCGUGUCACGCACUACUUUGACAACGACAUAUUGCCGAGACGUUUCCACUUUUGGCCAUGGUAUCUCUUUCUCUCUCAAGCACUCGCCGACCAGAAGUUCGCCGUACAUCCACUGCGGUCAUCAGUGGCCUCCAAAAGUGCGAACUGAGACAACCAUUUCUCAUGUAUGCAGGCAGAACAGCAUCUGGCAUCACGACACAACACAACAGAACACGAAAAGGUACCUAGGUACAUCUCAAAAACUCACAAAAAAAGAAUAGGUGGAAAGCCGACGGUCAGAUAUUAGCAAGGCGGUCUGUCCAGUGCUUGCUGUGUGUGCACACAGUCUUUAGGGGCAGCAGGCACGGCAAUGUAUGUGCACGCAGAAACAUGCCUUUUACAAUCCAGACUUUGCUAUGCUAGUUGAUGGCUGGACAAAACGAAAGGUUCGGAAUUGGGCGGUACCUGUUCUACUAGGUACUAGGUACUGGUGUCAAGAUAGAUCGGCCCAAGACCAAAAAAGCAUCUUUCCACUG